AUGGGACAAGAUACGCGUUUGUCGCGAUCGAAGAAUUCGGGUUCCAAACAUACCAGUUUUGUGCUGCUAAUUCACAUACAUACACUCACGAACACUGUUUACUACUCCAACUACCGCAAACGUCGCGUCCAUCGCCUGAGUGCUCGAUCGGCUGAUGUUCUCAUCGUCGACGUCGUCAUCUAUUUUGGUGGGUUAGGUGUGAUACUUGUACUGGUAAUGAUGGUAGAGGCUGAUGUGCAUAUGCCACUGGACGAGGAGACGACCCAAACGGGUGGUGGUAAAGUGUUCAAUCCGGAAGCGUACUGUGACAUUUGUCAGAAGGAGUUCUGCAACAAAUACUACCUGGCCACACAUCGUGCUGCAAAACACGGACCGUCAAAUCUAAUGCUAUCGUCGCAAUCGGGUGUUGAUCUGUCAGCGUUGAGUCGUGGUGGUGGAGGUGGUGAUGUCCCUUCAAGUAUGGACAUCCAACAGUUGAUGGUUGGAUUGGAUCAGUCUGCUUUGUCCAGCAACAAUCCACUGCGGAACCUCUAUCUUUCCCAAAUGGGAAUGGGUGGUGGAAGUCCGUCACCGUCAAGCCUACCGUCGUCGGGAUCGGCGUCAAUCACAGGCGGGGCACAGGAUGCUGGACCAGAACCUUCUCCGAAGGCGACAACGCCACCCGCAUCACAAUCGGACAACUCGUCCAGUGGCGGUGGAGGAGGAUUACCAAACUGGUUCACGGGACUGUUACCGCAACAAAUUCAACAGCAAGGGUUAUCAUCGAAUAUGAACACCCUUUUGGAGCAAAUGCAGGCUAUGCANAUAUUUGCGACAACGCCACCUGCAUCACAAUCGGACAACUCGUCCAGUGGCGGUGGAGGAGGAUUACCAAACUGGUUCACGGGACUGUUACCGCAACAAAUUCAACAGCAAGGGUUAUCAUCGAAUAUGAACACCCUUUUGGAGCAAAUGCAGGCUAUGCAAAACCUGCAACUGUUUGGUGGUAACAUGGGCAGCAACAUGGGGGCUAUAGCAGCGGCUCUAGCCCAGAGUCCAGCUACAGCGGCUGCUUUUCUGGCGAACACGCCGAAUAAGAAAAUGGCUGCAGUUUGGGUCCGGGACGUGGGUAGUGUGAGUAGCACGUUCACUUCAAUUCUUGAUCUAACGGGAAACCACAUUACUUCGUCGUACAAAGUUCCGGCAAGGAAAGUGGAUAUAGUUCUCAAGAUGGUACGAGUGCACGGUGCGGACCAAAAAGAGAUUGGUCCUUUACUGUGCUUCAAGCGUGGCUAA